AUGUUACUCUCGUUUCUUCCCUCUGGGAGUAGAGCUCGCACCCUUUGCUGCGCUCUCAUCCUCUUCGCAUCGUUCGCCACCUCAUCGGUGUUGGUCCGUGACAGUGACAAGCAGUCACUACGUGACCCCAAUGAGUUUGACUACAUCAUUGUAGGAGGUGGUUUGACAGGCCUCGUUGCCGCGCAUCGGCUGUCGGAGAAUCUGUUUGGAAUGGCUUAUGACAGAGCAUCGGCUGCCGAUUAUGACUCCUGGGAAGCGCUUGGGAACCGCGGCUGGGGUUGGAAAGGCAUGUUUCCGUAUUUCAGAAAGAGUGCAGAUUUCACGCCCCCGAAAAAGGCAGUUGUCAAGAAAUAUGGAUACACAUAUGACGAGUCCGCUUACGGUCGCUUCGGCCCUUUGCAAGUUACCUUCCCUGACUGGCAGGUUCCUGACCAGUAUAAGAUGGCGGAUGCCUUCACAGAGCUUGGUGUUGCCCACCUCAGAGAACACGCCAUGGGCAAUGCUGUUGGUCAAUUCUGGGCUCCUGCCACCAUUGAUGCGAAAACCAUGACUAGAUCCUCGUCAUUGACAGCUUAUUAUGACAAAGCCAGUUGGCGCCCAAACCUCAAGAUGCUUACUGAACACAAGGUCACCCAACUGACCUUUAAAGGAGCCUCCACAACAGUUUCAGGCGUGAAAGCUAUCAACAGAAAGACGAACAAAGAAGUGACCUUCCGCGCGAGAAAGGAAGUCAUCUUAGCUGCUGGUUCUCUUCACACUCCUCAGAUCCUCCAACUGAGCGGCAUUGGGCCUAAGUGUGUUGUAGAAGCUGCAGGAAUCAAGUCCAGAGUCGACUUGCCGGGAGUUGGAAGCAACCUGCAAGAUCAUCCUGUCGCAUACUUGAACUGGAAGGUUACUAACAGUUUCCCGGAGCCAAAUAUCAUGACGACAAACGAGACUUUCGCUGCGGAGGCGCUAGCGGAAUAUCAGGCCCACAGAACUGGUCCAUACACCAAGGCCCAGUCCAACACGAUUGCAUUCCUCUCUUUACCCAUGGUCACCAAUAACACUGAGGAUAUGAUUAGUAGCCUGAAGCAACAAGUAGCAUCCAAAUACCUCCCUGGCGUGUAUUCUCGCGAGCUCAUUGCUGGCUACGAAGCUCAACGGGCCAUCUUAGCUAAGCAGCUUGGAGAAGGUUCCGUCUCUGCCCUCGAGUUUCCGUUUGGGGGUUCCGGAAUGGUACCUAACUCGGUACAAAAGCCUCUAAGCCGUGGGACCGUACAUCUCAACCCCGACGACCCUCAUGGCGAACCGAUCGUUACAUACAACGCCUUCACGAACCCUUUCGAUCGCGCUCAGAUCGCCUCCUUCAUUGCAUUCACCCGCCGCUACUUCAAAACAAAUGCCCUCGCUGAUAUGCAGCCCCAGGAAGUCUCACCAGGCGAAGAUGCCCAAACUGAGGAUGAGAUCAUCGCGAAGCUUGCUGCGGGAGGCCCACUCUCACUCUCUCCGUCGUUUGCGCAUCCCAGCAGCAGUUGCCCUAUGAUGCCCAAGAAUAAGGGCGGAUGUGUCGGUGCUGACCUGCGGGUGCACGGAACGAGGAAGCUGAGUAUCAUCGACGCUUCCAUCCUUCCAAUCAUUCCUAGUGCGCAUCUGCAAGCGACUAUGUAUGCCGUUGCUGAAAAAGCUUCGGACAUUAUCAAGGGGAGAAGUUUAUGGCCGUGGUGA